UGAGGGAAACGACGGACCAUGGAGCACCUUUCAUCUUCGAGUUGGAAACCCCCAACAAUCCGUCCGCGUGCUGGUCUCGACGGCCUCGUCGGAGUCGAUGGUCGUCUUGUCGCAGUACGGCUGCUCGAAAUCCGUCUUCAAGGACUCGGUGCCGUCCGAUUGCGCAGUUUCCCGCGGGAGUCUAUUCAACCCAAACCAGUCGUCCUCUUAUCACGACCUGGGGCUAUAUGGAAUUAAUCAGAACGGCGUUGGUCUCGGGGCAAAUCUGGGAUAUUCGCAAAGAGCGCAAUUCGCCCUCGACACGGUGGGCGUUGGUCUGACCGGAGAGAGAUUGAAGAACCAGACCGUUGCGGGCAUCGCAACCCCAGACCCCUUUUAUCUCGGAGUCUUUGGUCUCAACCCGCAGCCAGUCAAUUUCACUUCCCUGGGAAAUUUCUCAUCCCCCUCCUUUGUGACAUCCCUCAAAGAUGAGGGCGUCAUACCAAGUCUCAGCUGGAGCUAUACGGCCGGCGCCAAAUAUCGACUCAAACAAGUCAAUGGCCAACUCAUCUUCUCCGGCUACGACACCUCGCGCUUUACCUCCAAUUCAGUGUCCUUCACCAUGCAAGACGACACGACCCGUGACCUUUCUCUCUAUGUUCAGUCCAUCAGCUACAGCGGGAAAAGUUCCGCCAUUCUGCUCUCCGAUCCCAUUUCUGUCUUCGUCGACUCCACGGACCCAAGUCUCUGGCUGCCCAAAAAGGUCUGCGACGCCUUCGAGAAGGAGUUCGGGCUGACUCUCGAUGAUGAGUCGGGUCUGUACUUGGUGAAUGAGACACAGAACACGGAGCUGCUCAAUUCCAACGCGGAGGUGGCCUUUCGGCUUUCGGACGUGUCGACCGGCGGAGAAACUGUUACUAUCACUUUACCUUAUAGCGCUUUCGCCCUGAAGGCAGAGCCUCCGUUGGUCAAGAAGAGCAGCCGUUACUUUCCUCUGAAGCGCGCGGCCAAUUCCUCGCAGUACACACUGGGGCGAUCUUUCCUGCAAGAAGCGUAUCUCUCCGCCGACUACGAGCGCCGCACCUUCAACGUGUCCUCCUGUAAAUGGGACGAGGGCGCAGAAGAAAACGUGGUCGACAUUCUAUCCAAGAAUGCAGACUCCUCCUCGGAUGGCAGUCCCAGCGAGGGUUCCAGCGGCUCUUCAGGCCUGAGCAAGGGCGCCGUAGCAGGUAUCGCAGUCGGCUCAGUAGUAGGCACCGUCCUCCUCGCUGCGCUGCUCUUCUUCUUCAUCCGUCGCCACCGCCAGAAAGCGGCCAACAAAGCGACUCCGCCCGAAACCGAUCAAGCCGUUCUUUCUGGUCCAGUUCACAAUGCGCCUCCGGGAUACUCCUCAUCCCAUACUAGUCAGUUUGCAGCACAGCCACCUUUCUGGUCCGCCGAUGCGCCCCUUGUCAGCGAUAGUAACUACGGCGACACGAGCAAUAGCGGCGUCACGCAUGAACAGAGUGUCGACGACCGUGGUAUGGAGUUGGAUGGCCAGGAUAAUCAAAUCAAGCCCAUCUACCAUGAACUUCCGGGCACCCAAGUUGUUGGCCCGACUGGGCCUGACUCCGCGGUGCGCGCUUGAUAUGAUACCCUACCCCAGAUUGGAGGUAAACUGAUAUGUAUACCAAUCGAGACUGUACAUACAUUUAAUUAAUUAACACAUGGUAAUUUCGGCGCGCCAUCGCCA